AUGGGCUUUAGACGUUUUGCUGCAUUUGGACCAGUAUUAUUAGCAAAUCCAUAUUUCCUUUAUAAUAUUAGAGUUACCUUGAAAUAUACCAUACCAAAUAUCACUUAUAGUACCUCAUUAUCAACAUUUUAUCCAAAACGAGUUGAUCCCGAUGAUCCAAUUGUAACAAGAAUUAGUCAAGAUCCAAAGUUAAUGGCCUCCAUUCAAGAAUUCUCAGAAAUUUUAAAAAGUAAGGGUAUUGAUCUUGGAAAACGUCAAAUGCCUUCCAUGUUACAAAUGGCUAAACUGGCCACCGAUGGUCAAGUAAAACAAAAACUUAUCAAUUUAAAUAAAGAACUUAAAAGCGCGGGAAUUGAACUUAACACAGAAACUGUUCAAAAAUAUAUGACGUUUGUUCCUCAAGGAAUGGAAAAACCGACAUACAAAACACCACUUGACAAUAGUGAAAAUAUUUAUGAAUCUCCAAAAUCAGUUACUACAAAAAUACAAUCUUCAUCAACUACAUUAUCACCAACACCAUCGCCACCAAUACCAAUACAUCCACCUCAACCUCCUACUUCUCAACCAAAUGAACAUUCAAAGAAACUUAAACAAGAGAGUGCUAUUUCAACAAAAGAAAGCGCGCCUAAACAGAAAUACCAAGCACCUAAACAACCCGAAAAGAUUGCAAGUGAGACAACGGAAAAACUAAAAGAAGAACAAGAACCCGUUGGAUUGCUUUCGAGGAUUAAAUCAUUUUUUAAAUUUAAAAAAUAA